CCACAAUAUAGAGAGAGAUUCAGCCACUAUAUAUCAGAGUUGAAGUACUCAGGAAAAUAUGAAUCAUCCCCACAUCAGUCCAAAAUUCAUUCAAUUGUUUACGUUUUCUGCUUUUCUCGCCGUCCUCCCAUGGGAUCUGGCCUAUGCCGACCCUCCUUAUAGCUUUUGUCCUAACAAAAGUAACUAUACAGAUGGUGAUCAAUUUCAAAAGAAUCUAAACGAUGUCCUCCAUUUUCUAACCUCAAAUGCUUCUGCUUCCAAAUUCUACGAUACCUCUACAGGAAGUGGCACAGAUCAUGUUUAUGGUGCCCACAUGUGCCUCAAUUAUAUCACAAAUGAAACCUGCCGGGACUGCAUAGCAACCGCUACAAAAGACAUUUUGAAGGGUUGCCCAAACACAAGGGAAGCAGUUGUAUGGGAGGAGGUAUGCCAGCUGCGCUAUUCCAACCAAAAUUUCUUUGGCCAAGUGAAUGUUACAGGAAACAUCGGCUUAGAUAACCAGCUGAAUAUUUCCCAACCAGAACAGUUCAAAUCUGUUGUUAAGGAGACUUUGAAUAACCUUACGACGGAGGCAGCAGCUUUCCACCUUUCAGCAAAAUUAAUGUAUGCUACCGGAGAGGCAACCUUUGAGGAUAAAAAGAUAUAUGCUCUAGUGCAGUGCACAAGAGAUUUGUCUGGUGAUGGCUGUAAUUCAUGCCUUCAGAGGGCCAUAACAGAUGUAUUAAAUUGCUGCUAUUUCUCUAUUGGAGCAAGACUUCUUAGUCGUAGUUGCUACUUGAGGUAUGAGUUAUACAGCUUUUAUGGAGACACAUCUAAAUCUCCAAGUUCAACUAAUGAUCAAGGGGCAAGCGGUGGCAAGAAAAUGAGGAUCAUCAUUACCCUCAUGGUUGUAUCAGCCUGCUUUGCGCUAGUGCUUUUUGCUUCCUUCAUUUAUUGCCUUGUGAACAAAAAGGCUAUAAAACGGGUGAGAAAAGGUAUCAGUCGACUAGCAAAUACUAGUAUCGAUGCAGAUUUUUCACAUAUUGAUUUGGCAUCAGUACAAGCAGCUACCGACAACUUCUCUGAUUCAAAUAAGCUUGGUGAAGGUGGUUUUGGUCCUGUUUACAAGGGUAUCCUAAGUGAUGGAAAGGAAGUAGCGGUAAAGAGGCUCUCCUGCUGUUCCGAGCAGGGUUCAGAGGAAUUCACAAAUGAGGUUCUACUAAUAAUGAGGCUUCAACACAAAAACCUCGUCAAGCUUCUUGGUUUCUGCAUAGAUGCAGAGGAAAAGCUGCUUGUUUACGAAUUCAUGCCCAACAGAAGCCUAGAUGUCUUUCUCUUUGAUCGAAGUGGACGCGCACAAAUGGAUUGGAAUAAACGAGUUAAUAUAAUAGGUGGAAUUGCAAGAGGAGUUCUUUAUCUUCACGAGGAUUCUCGACUCAGAAUCAUUCAUAGGGACCUAAAAGCAAGCAAUGUGUUACUGGACUACGACUUGAACCCCAAAAUCGCAGACUUUGGAAUGGCAAGAAUCUUUGCGGGGACCGAAGGUGAAGCUAAUACCGCCAAAAUUGCAGGGACUUUUGGGUACAUGGCUCCAGAAUAUGCUAUGCAAGGAAUGUAUUCUAUUAAGUCAGAUGUAUUUAGCUUUGGAGUGCUCUUGAUUGAGAUUAUAACUGGGAGAAGAAAUGCUGGCUUCCAUAGAACAAAACGUGCUCCUAGCCUCGUUGCAUUUGCAUGGACACUAUGGAACGAAGGAAAUCAUGUUUUGGAGUUGAUGGAUCCUUUGUUGAAGGAGUCGUGCAGCCCGGACGAAUUUCUAAGAUACUUGCAUAUUGGAUUAUUGUGUGUUCAAGAAGAUGCAAAUGAAAGGCCAACCAUGUCAUCUGUCGUUGUAAUGUUGAAAAGUGACAGCACUACAUCGUCUCUUUGGCAACCUCAACAACCUGCAUUUUCUGUGGGCAGAUUCAAUGAUCACUUCGAAACAAGGAGUCCAAGCUUUCUCUCCGUCAAUGACUUGUCGAUUUCCAAUAUUGGGCCACCGGGGAAGUUUCAGAGGAAUGCUCAACGGUUCUAUCAGAAAGAGUCGGACCAAAAUCUUUUUGGGCGGAAGUUUCUAUCUAAUGUAUCAUACAGAGAGUAUUCUGACCGACACAAGUUGUGCUUGAUCAGAUGUCAGGUUAAUUACCUUCCUUCUCCACUAACUUUUGGCCAAAGUACUCAUUCUAUGAUCAUGUUCAACCAUAUUUGGAAGAUGGAUAAGAAAGAUGCAUUAUUGGCUAUGCUUUUGUUGAUUAUUUCACUUUUGAUGCGCCCUAGGCUUUCGGCCACGCCGGCCAGUGGGGAUCCUCUCUAUACCUUUUGUAACACAGAGUUCUCGAUCAAAAACUACGAACUCAACAGCCCAUUUGAAAACAACCUCAAGCUCCUCCUCGGGUCUCUGCCUUCCAAUACUUCAUUGACAGGUUUCUACAGCACCUCCACUGGAGAUCAGGACUCAGACAGAGUCUAUGGACAGGCGCUUUGUAGGGGAGACGUCAACUCCACUGUUUGUCAGAAUUGUAUACAGACUGCAACCAAGGAAAUCUUAAAGCAGUGCAGAAGUAAAGAUGCUAUGAUAUGGUUUGAACUCUGUCAAGUUCGCUACUCCUUCCAGAACUUCUUUUCCUUGAUGGUUUAUACUGGGAAGUAUCCACAGCAGAAUCAAAUGCAGAAGAAUAUAUCAAAUCCAGUUCAUUUAGAGCAAGUUUUAACGUACUUAAUGAAUAACAUCUCGAACGAGACUGCGUUUGAUCCCUCUACACGCAUGUUCGCAACUGGUGAAAUUAAAUUCUCAAGGAAGAAAACAAUCUAUGGUCUUGUCCAAUGUACUAGGGACAUCUCAGAUGAGUCCUGUUCUAACUGUUUGCAGUCUGCCUUUGGAGAGCUUCAGGAAUGCUGUUUUUAUCGGCAAGGUGGAAUUAUUGUUAGCAGGAAUUGUAAUAUGAGGUUUGAACUGUACCGAUUCUACAACGCCUCAAGUUUUCACUUGACCCUCCCAGCUUCUCAAGGGGCUAGAUGGAAGAGUUGGAUGCUUGUGGUGGUUACGUGCAUACCACUCGCAGUUUUGGCUGUUCUUAUUGGAUCAUGUGCGGUUAAUUAUCAUUUGCGGAAGAAGAGAAGGCAAAUAGAUGACGAUAAAAGCCAGAAAGCACUGUUACAUGAGCUGGCAAGCCCCACCGGCGUUGCCAUUACACAAGAGGGUGAAUUGGUAAGCUCGGAAGACAUACAUUUCAUGAGUCUGUCAACAAUAAUGGCAGCUACGGAUGACUUUUCUGAGUCAAAUAAGCUCGGCCAAGGUGGCUUUGGCACUGUCUUCAAGGGAAUGCUAGAAGAUGGGAAGGGAGUAGCGGUUAAAAGGCUAUCAAGGAAAUCAUGGCAAGGCUUAGAGGAAUUUAAAAAUGAGGUCAUACUCAUUGCACGACUUCAACAUAGAAACCUUGUGAAGCUCUUGGGAUGUGCCAUCGAGGGCCAGGAAAAGCUGCUUGUGUACGAAUUCAUGCCCAACAGAAGCCUUGAUUUCUUUAUAUUUGAUCCGGAGAAACGCAGUCAGCUUGACUGGAAGACAUAUGAUAAUAUUAUUGUUGGUAUUGCGAAAGGACUCCUUUAUCUUCACGAGGACUCUCGACUUAAAAUAAUUCACAGGGAUCUAAAGCCGAGUAAUAUAUUACUGGACCAUGAAAUGGUCGCCAAAAUAUCAGAUUUUGGCAUGGCAAGGAUCUUCGGUGAGAACCAGAACACUGCAAACACUAGGAGAGUCGUCGGAACAUACGGAUACAUGGCUCCUGAGUAUGCAAUGGAGGGACUAUUUUCUGUAAAAUCUGAUGUUUUCAGCUUUGGUGUCAUCUUGCUUGAGAUUAUUAGUGGCAAAAAAAAUAGCAGCUUCUACUUGACCGAGAAUGCCCAGACUCUCCUUGCAUACGCAUGGAGACUUUGGAAUGAAGGGAAAGAAAUGAAGUUUGUGGAGCCUGUGUUGAUGGAGUCCAGCUUGACUACACAACAAAUUAAGAAAUGCAUGCAUAUCGGGCUAUUGUGUGUACAAGAGGAUCCAGCAGAUAGACCCACAAUGUCAUCUGUCGUAGUGCUGUUGGGAGACGAAUCAAUAUUACCACUUCCUAAACCAAAACAGCCUGCACUUGCUAUGGGUAGAAUCGUUCAGCAGAUAGCAGAUCCUUUUCCCGUCACAAAUCCUUCUGUAAAUGGGCUUACCGUUUCCAGUCUUUCUCCUCGUUGAACACCGGCAAGAUUUUCUUUUUCCGUGCAAUCGAUCUCAUGUAAUUUGUAAACUAACUCAAAAAAAAAAAAAAAAAAAGGGACAUGUUUGUAACUGAGAAAGUUUUCAUAAUUUCUGCAAAUAGGAAAUGGGUGCAAAGGUUUGCGUAUCAUGUGGAGGAAUUAAUUUCUACAAUGAUAUUGUAUAUGUGUAGGAAAAACAAUGGUAGUUUAUAUUUCAAAAUAAAGCU